UAUUAAAGGUUUUAAUGUAAUGUCUGACACGUAUACCAGUCCAGUGUUACCAGUGUUUUAACAUUUUGUUUGUACUGAGGUGUCCCAUGAGAAGCAGUUUGCGAGGUAAAGGAAAGAGGAAAAGAAACCAGGACACGAACAUGCUACCUGAACAAGCUGUGUUACUACAGUAACUCAGGAUCCUUCAAUUAAGCAGACUGUAUGAUAACAGUGUAACCAGGCUUUGUUCUCCGGCUUCACCAUGGCUUCAGUAACAGUGGGGGAAAGUCAGCUCCAGCGGAUAAUCAGAGACCUGCAUGAUGCAGUUUCUGAGCUGAUUAAGGAGCACCAGGACAGUGGGGAACCCAUAACAGACGACUGCGACAGCCUUCACAAGUUCUCCUACAAACUGGAAUAUUUACUGCAGUUCGACCAGAAAGAGAAGACAACGUUCCUGGGCAGCCGGAAGGACUACUGGGAUUAUUUCUGCGAGUGCCUGGCCAAAAUAAAAGGCGCUAAUGAUGGUAUCCGCUUCGUCAAGUCUAUUUCUGAGCUGAAGACGUCACUGGGAAAGGGGCGAGCCUUCAUCCGCUACUGCCUGGUGCACCAGAGACUGGCAGACACACUUCAGCAGUGUCUGAUGAACCAGAGAGUCACAUGUGACUGGUACUACGCUCGCAGUCCUUUUCUAAAGUCCCAGUUCAAUGUUGACAUCAUCAAUCAUCUGUAUGAGCUGAACGGAGUCCAGUUUGAUGUGGCGUCCAGAGGAUAUGAUCUAGAUUCAGAGUGGCCCACUUUCGCCAGAAGGACUUUGGGUUCAGUAGUUUCAGCCUCCCAUGUGUGGAAACCACCAAGCCGCUGCUCAAGUGUCAACAGUCUCGUCAGCAACUUCUCACAGCAAGCCCAGGAGUUUCAUCAAGGCCCUGACCUGGGUACGAGUUUGACAGGCGACUCAGGAGAACAAGAACUUGCCCUUAGCGAUGCAGAAGGUCUGCGUAUCGAGCUCGAUCAGUCCGAGUUAUCGCAACGUCGUCUCCAAGAGAAGGUUCACCUGCUUCAGAAGGAGGUCGGUGAUCUCCAGGAGAAGCUACUCGCUGCUGAAAGUGACAGAAACCUAAAGAAGAAUGACGGAUUAACCGACUUGUCAGAGAAACCGAAUGACAAGAAGACGUCUGACGGGACAUCGAGCAAGAAGGGCGAGCAGGUCGAGAAAGACCUGAAAAUCGAAGAGCUGCUCAGCAAACUGAAGUUGACGGAGGUGGAGAAACUCGAGGCCAAGCGAGAGAGCGAGGAUCGGUCCAGACAGGCUGAGAAACUGGCUCAGCAGCUUAAGACCAAGGAAGAAAAGCUGAAGGAGACAGAGGAGAUGCUCGCCCAACGAAAAAAAGAGGAUGGAAACAAUGAGCUCCUGAAGGUUGAUGAGCUCCAAGCAACCGUUAAUCGCCUCCAAGAGGAACUGUCACUGAAGCAAGAGGAGAUGCAGAACCUACGUACACAGCUGAAGGACCUGCGAAGCUCAUUUGAAGCGAGAGGUCACCAAUUGGAGGACAUCAAGAAGAAGGUGCUGGAGGAGCGUCAGGAGCUGCAACAGAAAAGCAAGAGCUUAAAGGAGUCCCUCGAUUGUCAGAUCUUAUCUCUUCAGGAGCAGCUGAAGAGGAAGGAGAUGGAGCUUUCAGUCAGCACUCAGAAAAUCCAGCAGCUGGAAAGCCAAAGCAAGAAACUGGAUGAGUACAAGGCCCAGUGCACCAGCCUGAUGGAGAACAAUGCAAAAUUGGUCCAUACGUUAAAGAAGUCUGAGGACAGCACCAGGGAGCUGGUGGAGACCAGGGCAGCUCUUGAGAAAGAAGUGGCCACUUUGAGGGCUUCUGAGAAGCAGCUCAUAUCAAAGCUGGAUUCAUCUCCAUUGACGGUGGAGGAAAAGAAGAAGCUACUUGAGGAGAACCAAACUGUUAAAGGAAACCUUCAGAAAGCAAAGCAAGAGAGUGAGUUGAAUGAAGAGCAGACAAAAAGUCUGGAAAAGCAAAAUAAAGAUCUUCAGGCGUGUACGAUUGAGAAACAGGGAGGGUCAGAAGACCACAAGAAAGACUCCAACCUAGACCAGCACUUUAAACCUGAAGAAGCAUCUUCUCAUAUGGCUUUGGUUGUGGCUCAGCUAGAGCUAAACAUGAAGGAAGUCUCCAGGCUCCAGGAAGAAGUCAUCGAGCUCCGAGCCCAGCUUCAGGUGACCUCAGAAGAAAAGAUGAAGCUCCAGGCUCUUCAGGAGGUAACAGAGGCCUCUCUGGAGAACUUUUGCGCUCAGACAGAGCAACUUAAAUCCCAGGUAGAGGAGCUGAACCGGCGGCAUGUAGAGGAGCUCUUACGCUGCAGAGAGAGCGAGGAAGCACUCGAAAAGGAGUUAAAACAUGAGGCUCAGGUCCAAGCUAACCUACAGGCUCAGGCGGCCUCCAUGAAGGAGGAACUUCAAGCUCUGAGGAGCCAGAACAGCACCCUCUUACUGGAGACUGAAGAAUUCAAGGAGGCCCUCGACAGAGCAAACACUGAGACCGCACAGCUAGGCGUCCAAGUUUGCGUGCUGAGUGGGCAAAACGAGGAGGCCAGUUUGCACGGCGAGGAGCUCCUGACCAGGCUGAAAGAGCUGGAGGAGAUGCAUAAGGAGGAGCAGAACCUCAGGGACUCUGUACAGGCUCUGACCAAAGAAAAUGCUCAGCUUACAGAAGAGCUGAAACAGAAAGAAGGUCUUUCCAAAAUCACGCAGGAGCUAAAGCAGAGGCUGAACGAAGCAAGGGAGGAGAGCAUGAGUUUGAGAAGGAGCCACCAGAAGGAGGUCAACGCACUUCGGCUUCAGCUGGACGAAUCGACCACAAACCUGCAGAACCAGAUCAAGGCUUUGAACGAAGAGCUUCUGGAUGUGAGGUCUCAGAUGAAAGCAGGGCAGGAGAAAGCGUCCCCCCUGGAGACCAGACUGGCAGAGCUUGAGGCCAUCAACAUCAGUCUCAGCAAAGAAGUUGAAGAGAAAAAUGCCUGCGUUUUGAAAUCGGACGCGUUGCUUCAGCAGAAAGAGGAAGAGCUCAACCAAAUUCGAGGAAACUUCACGAGGGCUCAGGAGAAACUUGCUAGCAGUCAGAAAGCCUGCCAGGACCUCGGUGAGAACCUGCGAAAAAAAGUCCAGGAGCAGGAGAUGUUUGCUUUGAAGGCAUCUGCAGAGGUAGAGGAUCUCUGCCGCACAAAGAAGAACCUGGAAGAACGGCUCAUUGAGCUUAUUCGGGAGAAGGAUGUAUUGUGGAAGAAAUCCGAUGCUCUGGAGUUUGAACAGAAGCUGAGAGCAGAGGAGUCGGACAGAGAGCUUCCCUACUGCUUCGAAUGCCACGCACAGUUCAGCUGGUGGCUACGCAGACAUAACUGCCGGCUGUGCGGUCGACCUUUCUGCUACUCCUGCUGCACUCAUGUAGUGAGCAGCCAGCAGGGCGGCACUAAGGAGCGCUGCUGUAAGGAGUGCUUUACACGCCACAGUACGGCAGAGCGCCACUCUCAGGGGGAGCUGGGAAGCCCGUCUCAGCCGUCACACAGCCCGCUGGCGUCCACUCCCACCAGAACCAGCAUGCCGAGUGUUACAGUGGCACUGCGGUCCCCCAGGCUGGACGACGCGGCGUUCGACGUCAUCACAGACGAGGAGGUGAACUGGCUUCACGAGAGCGACUCGCUGCCGUACACCACCGCCCUGUCACCUGGAAGUAUGCAGCACGGGACACACGACAUGAGCAGCAGUACGAGCGGCGGUGACCUUACCGCAGACGAGUCCGAGGAUCUGCCAACCUCAGCGCAGGACGCAGAGAUCUGCCUGCUCAAGUCUGGAGAGCUCACGCAGUCUGUACCAUUCAGCAUGGAUGAGGUCUGUAGGUUUGGUGAGAAAGCCAAAGAACUUUUCAUAAAGUCAGGCUGUUACAGUCAGAUCCCCGUCACCGUGAGUACGGCCGGGUCCACCAUCUGCUGGAUGUUCUCCUCUGCCCCAAAGAGCAUCUCAUUCAGCGUGGUGUAUCAGGAGAGCGUUGAUACGCCACUCGAACAGGCUAAGGUACUGAUUGCCUUAACGAGAUGCCUCUCUCAUAAGCAGCUGAUCCAGGGCGAGGUGAAAGCACGCAAUCCAGGGGUCUACUUGCUCAUUUUCGACAACUCCUUCUCCAGAUUCAUCUCUAAGAGAGUGCAGUUCAAACUCAGUGUGGAGCAGCCGGGGUCUGCUGAGGGCAGCGAGUCUUCGUAAAGCGGUUACACACAAAAACACUUCAUCUGUUCGGGGUGGGUUAUAAUGGAACUCUUUAUCGAUCCUGGUUUGGUCUCAGGAUUGUUUUAUUUUAAUGCAAAAGGGAAAUUAAUAGCUGCGUUUUUAGCACACUACCAACAGGGAUAAGGAUUUGUAGCUCCUGUAGCUCCUGUAGCUUCUCGUCUGGUUUACAGAGUAAAAGCACAGUAAGAUUUUAAAUCAUGACCUAUAUAAACUGUUUGAUCAAGCACAUAAUUAGAUCAAGCCGACAGAAAAUUCAGUUCAUGUAAACAGGAAAAGUCAAAUGGAUGUGAAAGGAAGCUGCUUUUGGUAACGGUUGCUUUGCUUUGAGGUGUUGUUUAUUUAACAAUUUAUUAACACAGCUGAUUAUUAUUAGCAGCUACACCAGACUUUCACCCUGCUGUAGUUUUAAAAUUACUUUCACUAACGAUUCCAAAAUGACAAAGCUUUAACAUUUCUGAUUUGCUCUGAUAUGACCACUGCUCAUCUACAAUCGGAAAAAUGGAACGACCUUAUACACUGUUGAGUCACAUGAUUACGAUCACUUCCUACUUCUGACGGCUGCAGCGUGUAGCUCAUGAAGGAAGUCAUGUUUCGUGAGCUGACUUGGUGGGUAUAUAAGGUGUGGAGGAGGGCACAUGCUGAUCGUCUUCCCUGGGGUGAAUGGGAUCUUCCAGCAAGACGAUGCGACGUGUCACACGGCUAGAAAUAUCCCACAUUGGUUGGAAGAGGAUGACUGAGACUUCCAAGUACUACCCUGGCCCCCCUAAUUCCCCAGACUUGAACCCAAUUGAGCAUCUGUGGGAGCACCUCGGGAUGCACUGCAGUCGGAUACCUGUGAGAACCUACCAGGACCUUAUUGUUUCACUCCCAGCCUGUCAAGCUGCUGUCUAUGCUGCAGAUGCUGCUUACUCUGGAUAUCAGCUGGUGGUCAUAAUAAUGUGACUCGACAGUGUAGUUUAAUGUUUACUUAUACUGUAUAUAUGAGCGAAUAUUUUUGCACUUUGAUGGUAGAUUAUGGAAACGGGAAUUUUGUAUUUGAGGUCAUUAAUACUAAUCAGUCUUGCACAAUAUAACCAUCAAUACAAACUAAUAAUGUUGUAGUUGUGAAAAAAUAUGCAUUUUGUAACAUUUCGGGCUGUGUUUAUACUUUAAACAGAAGCACUUAGUAACAGUCAGUAACAAACUACAAAUUUUUUUAUUUGAAUACUCAGCUGACAGAACCGGUCAUCAUUAGUAAAGAUUUUAUCAUUUAAAAAGCAGGAAUAGUGGAACAGUAGAACUAGACUGGCACAAAGUGCACUUUACAUGAUGCUAAGCUUUAUUAUUCUAAUUUUUUGCUGGGAAUUUACGACUAUAAAACAGAUAAAACUAAUAAAGUCACUAUUUUCUGAAUUGCUAACACACACAUUCAGCCAGUGUGACUGUGUACUGGAUAUAGUUUUUAAAAACAUUAUUCUUUUUUACGUGUAGAACAUUAGAAAUGCAUUUAAAAGAUUUCCAGUAGUUUUAAUACUGUAGAUACUUAUUUACUAAUUAUUUUACUAAAUAUAAUAACGUUGUGGUGUGUUAAGUAAAAAUCUAUGCAGAAUGUCUAAGAGUCUGAGGGUCAGAAAUAAAAAAAUUGUCCCAGAAAGCACAAAUCUUAUCUAAUGACAGCAGUUGUGCAUGCUGAGAAGCUUUUCUUAAGCACAUGACCAUUAUUAUGCAGAUGAAAUCUGGAAUGGUACCACAUGCCCUCUGCAGUGCAGGUCUGUAACUCUGACGUGAGAAGAAAUUUUACAAGUAACGUCUCAGCUGUUCAGAUAAAAACGUCUGAUCCGUAACUCAGCGGGCCAAACCAAGCAGAACCCAGAGCCGUGUAUUAUUGUCGUUUGUGUAUUUUUUAGAUGUUCUUUGUUACAGAUUAUGAAUUAUUCUGACUGGAAUAAAAGCACAUUUUAAUCAAA